GUUAAGGGGAGACGCGGGUCGAAAAGUCACGGUUUUCUAAAAAAAAAUCACUUUUUUGUUUUAAUUCGUAUUGUCAUCUUUUGUCUAUGAACUUUUAUUUCUGUAAAUAUCAAGCCGAAAUUCGCGCAAGAAGUCACCGAAAAAUGCGCCGAAGUGAGCGGCGGUGACACUAGAAUUCACCAAAAGUCGCAAAAGUUCGCGCCGUUCGCAUUGUUCCGACGCGGUCGGGCAGCGCCGCCCGCCAUUUGCAAUCAUCAGGGCGCGCAGCGUCACCCCUCUCCUUCAAGGUUCAAUAGCCGCUAGUCUCGUAUCUUCUCGGAGAAUAAAAGAAAAACGAGAAAGAAGACGCGACCGUCGCGCGUUUUGAAUUGCGCGCCAAGCAGCGCGGGGCCGCCAUUGGACGGCGGCGCUCUUUUUGUGUAGUGAAGCCGAACCACCGCCGCCGUGCGUUCUCGCUAGCAGCAGUUUUCCGUGUUCUCUCCGCGUUUCCUUGAGAUGACAAGCCCGAAAAAGUGCAGUUCCGACGUCCGGAAGUAUAGAACUCGGCACAAGUACCGAGGAAAACGACGUAAGCCGCUCCGAAAAACGACAGCCGGGAACGACGCCUGCGACGCUCCGACGGCGGUUAGGCCUACCGCCGACAUCGGCCACCACGACAUCGGUAACCGCGACAGUGGUUCUGAAUUCGACGCUGCUGUGGAGUUCGUCAGCGCAUCACAGAAGAAGAUAGAAUUCUUCAAAAGUGAGCCAAGGUCGGCUGGUGCUUCUGCUGCUAGCACGGUGUUGUGCGAGAUCGGUGCAUUGACAGCACUAGUGGCAGGUUCGGCAUGCCCCACUUGCCGCGAACGGAAACUCGCCGUCCGAGAAGCAGCCGAGAAGCGCAAAGGACUUUCGUCCUUCCUAGAGCUACGCUGCGACAAUGCCGAGUGCCCCGAGUCUGUGCUGUCAUUUACGCAUACGUCGAAGCGGAUCAACUCGGCCUGCGUGAGCGGUGACCCCGGAGCGAACAUUCGCUACGACGGCGGGAGCUCGCGCGACGGCUUCGCCGUAAACGUGAAGGCGGUUUUGGCAGCGCGUGCCAUAGGUGCAGGACAUGACCAGCUUUCGCGAUUUUGUGCGAUCAUCGGCCUUCCAAAACCGCUGCAUCAGAAGACAUUUCAUGGCAUUGCCAAGAAGCUCCAUUGUGCUGCUAUGGAGGCUGUUAGCCAAAACUUGGAAGAGGCACGAAGGGUCACGAAGGACGCCGUCGGCGGCGGCGAUGUGCCGGUCAUGUUCGACGGCACUUGGCAAAAAAGGGGCCAUAAAAGCCACAACGGAGUAGGCACAGCUGUGUCCCUGGACACAGGUCUUUGCCUGGACUUUGAGGUCCUUUCGAAUUACUGCCUCGCUUGCAGUAUACACAAGGACAUAGGCGAUGAAGAAGAAAUAUGGGAAGCCUUCCAUCGUCCUGUAUGUGAAAAAAACACCGAUUGUUCAUCCCAUGCAAUGGAACCGGAAGCAGCAGUGCGCAUAUGGCAGAGGACAAUGUCAUACAAGACCCCACUGCGCUUCACAAAUUUUUUGAGUGAUGGCGACAGCAAGGCCUACACUGCCGUCUGUGGGGCGAAGGUGUAUGGCAAUACUGUCAUCGAAAAAGAAGAGUGCACCAACCACGUUUCAAAACGCCUAGGCACUGCUCUGCGAAAAAUGACAACGCCACUGCCACGAGGGGAAAAACUAAAAGUCACAGCCAUCCAGAAGCUGCAGACAUAUUAUCAAAUAGCUAUAACAAACAACAAGGGCAGCGUCCGCAGCAUGUACACUGCUAUAUGGGCCUCCUAUUUUCAUUCUUGCUCCAGUGAUGGUGCCAGUAGCCACAAAUUUUGCCCUGCUGGACCAGAUUCGUGGUGUAAACACAGGCGUGCUGAAGCACUGGGGGAGCCUACACCAUGCCACACCCCCUUGUUGACUAAAGCACAGGGCUUGGCAAUUAUGCCUAUUUAUAAGCGCCUUACGGAUGAGAAGCUCCUGGCUCGGUGCCUUCAUGGAAAAACACAAAAUGCAGCCGAGUCACUCAACAGCAAAAUAUGGCUGCUGUGUCCCAAAACAAAAUUUGCCUCCCGGACAUCUGUAGAGACAGCCACGGCUAUUGCCGUGCUGUGGUACAACAAAGGCCAUGCCGGCUUUGAGCAUGUCCUAAAAGAGAUUGGACUACUUCCCCCAGAAGAGUUGGCCACACACACUGACCGUUGCGAUGACCUGCGCAUAAAGAAAAUGAACUUGAAGCGUACAGCAGAAGCAAGGGCGCACCGUCGGAGUGAGGUGAAAAGGGCUCGCACCGAGGAGACCAACCGUAGGAGCCAAGCUACAGUGCGGGAGGAUUCUAAACACUUUGUGUGCUUUCUGUAAAAGCUGCUAUUCACUGUGAUCGAAGAUUCAUGUCAUAACAAUUGCAUUUUCAAGAAUACAUGCUUUUGUAACAUUCAAGCCUGUUUUUCUCAUUUUCAAAUUUUUGGAAAUUUUCAUGUUUUCCGGGAAGCCUUUUGUUCACUUAGAAUUGGCGCAUACUAACGAAAUUUGGCGUACAUAUUCUUGAAGGUAUGUAGAGUGCCGAUAUCUACUUGAAAUUGCGUUAUCUCUCAGUAGUAAUUACAAUAGUACAAGGUUUUGUUUCAUGGACCUGAGAAAACCAAUGGUUGAAAUGUCAUAAUUUUUUUGGCAAACUUCCAGUAACUGUACACCUUUUUUCACUAGAUAUCGGCACUCUAUGAUCUACAAAGAGCUAAAUAAACCAUAGCACGAUACCUUUUGUGAAAGUUUAGUACAUAAAAAUGUGCCCGUACAGAUAGCUAUAAUUUGUCAUCGAGUAUAAUAUAACUCAAGAACUAUAUCAGCUACACAAAAACUAAUUGUACAUUUGAAAUCUACAUGAAAAACUCUCUAAUUAGCUGAAUUUCCAAGUCUCUAGCACAAAUAAUAAAAAAAAAAGUUGUUUCGAGGAGUGUCUCCCCUUAAUAUUU